AUGAACGUUAGCCCGGAGCUGGUUGCCUUCUAUACAACGCUGCGCCGCUAUCAUGCCCAUUACGAAGUCGCGUUGGGCGUGAUCUCUUUGAGUUUGAACGGAUUCGUAGUUUAUAUGGCCAUGACGACGCGAAAUCGGGUGAUGAGAAGUUACUGUUGGGUGGUAUUGAUGAGCAUGUUCGCGGACAUUAUCUAUGUCUUGGCCAAUAUGACUUCGAUGAUGGUAUGCAUGUUUGCUAAUGACAUAUAGCAACAAGAUGUAAAAUCUUCAGUAUUUUGCAGGUAGUCGAAGUGAAAGGGGGUCUCAUGUACUUCCUGACCCUCGGGCCCUUCAGUCAUGGCUCAAAUCUCACUGGCAAAGUGAUGGGCUCCCUUUCCUUGACCGUUCUUUAUAUGGUCAUUGCCACGUUGGGGAUUCAGUUCAUUUACCGCUAUUAUGCGCUAUGCAAGACACCUCUGACUUUGACUCAAUUCUCUCUCAUUUACCUUGCUGUUACUGUGUAUUGCGUAAUCGACGCCGCCAUUGGUGGGUUUAUUUUUGACGGGGAAGAUGUGGAGAGAACGAGGAUGAUACAAGAGCACCCCAUGUACAUGCACGACACUCCGACUUACAUGAUUGUUGAUCCGGUAAGGCUUUGUUAGUGUCAUUACAAAAAAAGCACCCCAGAAGAAUCUAGAGGUCGAGUUUUCAGAAGAAUCCCAUCCACAGCGUCCAUGUUGUCUUCAGUCAGCUGAUUGUUGUUGUGGUGUAUGUUGUGGUCAUCUAUACGAGUCGAAAGAUCAAUGAGAAGCUGAAAGAAGCUUCGGCGGGCAUGAGUAAACCGACUAGGGAUGCUCAAAGACAACUGAACAGAGUUAUGGUUUUACAGGUGGGUAAAAUACGCCACUUUCGGGUCCUCAAUUUUUACAAUACGGAUCCUCGUAUCUUUUUUAACACCAAAUAUGGUGCCUCGUAUUUAGCGCCAUCUUAACCACUUCCGCUUCCAGGCUACGUAUCCGGCGAUCAUUGUUGGCUGUCCGGUUAUAGUCGCCACAGUAUUUGCUCAGCUUCAUCUGGAUGUUCUUUGGUGUGGGUUAUACCUAGCUCCAAGCGUUUCUCUCAUCCCGAUUGCAAACGCCUUGACAAUGAUUCUUGUGAUUCCCACGUUCCGAAGACGAUUACUGAACUGUCCACUGUCUCGAAAGAUUGGAAUCAUGUCUCCUCAACCAUUCACAACAACCGAAAUGACAAAAAAGAUCUCGAAUGUGGGUUCAGAAAGCCGGAUGGAAAUCAACGAAGGGCAUCUGAUUUGA